CGCCAUAAGACUCUUCGCCCGGUUUUCCUUACUUAUAGGGCAUCUCUUACGCUCUUGUCGAUCCGGUCCCCGCGCGCUAACAGCUCCUGUCGAUCUCGCGGGCUAUUUCACUUUCAUCUCGCGGAAAUCGAUCGCCGAUGCGGGAAAAGCCUCCGCGCGGGAGAUCUUGGUAUAAAAGCCUCCCAGCAUCUGGGGAAAAACGCGAGAGUGUCGACGUUGCGAGUCGUGCGCGCAUCAUGAUUAGGAAAUUGCUGAUUUUGGGUCUGGUGGUGUGCUGCGGGCAAGCGCUCGCAGCCGAGGCGGAGCCGGAGAAUCAGAACAACCAGCAGCGUAAGCGAGGAAUCCUGAACGACGGUUGGGUGGGUCUGCACAACCCCUACGGCCACUACGGUCUCGGUCAGCCUUGGUCCGGUGUCGAUCACAACCCCUGGAAGGGACUCAAGAUCAACCCGGUAUUGCCGCUCGAUACCGCGGGAUGGCAGUACGGAGGAAUAAAGGCAACCGUCGGCUGGCCGAUCAAGCACGAGACGCACCACGUGAAGACGGUACCGGUUGUGGUGACCAAGCACGUCGUCGUGGAGAAGCCGGUGCCGGUUCGCGUACCUGAGCCAGUACUCGUCGACAGACCCGUGCCCGUCGAGAAAUUCAUCCCUGUGCCCAUCGAGAAGAUCAUCCACAAGCCUGUACCCAUCGCUGUGCCCUAUCCUCAGGCCUACCCAGUACCGGUCGAGCACGCAGUACCGAUCCCAGUGAAACAUCCGGUAGCCGUCCCGGUGCACCAACCCUACCCGGUGCCGAUCAAACACCCGGUUCCUUAUCCGGUCGCGGUACCGAUUCCCUUCCCCGUUCACCAUCACGGCCACCAUCACGGUUUACACUUCGGCCACGGCCACGGCCAUGGCUAUGGCGGUCACGGCUACAGCCAUCAUCACGGCCACGGCGGUUUCCCCUACGUUCAGCUUCCUUACCAUAGCUAUCACGGACACGACCACUACGGCGGUCACCACGGCUACGGAUACCCCGGAUACUACGGACACGGUCACGGAUGGUACGGUGGUCAUAGCCAUGGCCAUGGCCAUGGACACUACGGACACUACUACGGUGGACCCGAACACCAUCACUCGCAUCGCAGCGCCGAUUACAACAAGAGCAAGCGCAGCAAAAGCAGCAGCAGCAAAGAAAGCCUCAAGAACGAGGAGAGAGAGUGACGCCGACGGCUGAUCUCGAUAUAACUCGAGGAGACAGUCGUAUCGCUCGCGAGAAAAAGAUAAGCUCCGUUGGUUCUCAUCAGUCGCGCUGCUGACUGUUUUUUUUUUUUCGUGCGCCGAUAUGAGUAGCAACGGAAUCGUCGAUAAGUAGGACUCGAGAUUCCACGAGUUUUCCUCUUAAUUUUGUACAUUGUUUUUAUGUAGGAUAUAUAUAUACCGUUGGUGUUGCAAAUGAAUAAAGAUUUGUUGUAAAAAAUU